UAAGGAUCCCGGGGUGCAGGUGGAAGCAGACUAUACACUUCCCUGAAACUGUCCCACGGUUUCGAGUUCUAGGCACAGUGAGGAGGACAUGUACCGUGCUGCAGAUGAAAUAGAAAAGGAGAAAGAAUUGCUUAUACAUGAAAGAGGGGCAUCAGAACUCAGAUUAAGUGUGGCUCCUGAAAUGGAUAUUAUGGACUACUGCAAAAAGGAAUGGAGGGGAAAUACACAAAAAGCAACAUGUAUGAAAAAGGGCUAUGAAGAGGUUUCUCAGAAAUUUACCUCCAUACGGCGAGUCCGCGGUGAUAAUUACUGUGCACUGAGAGCCACGCUGUUCCAGGCAAUGAGCCAGGCUGCCGAGCUGCCCCCAUGGCUGCAGGACCCGGAGCUCACGCUGUUACCAGAAAAACUCAUAAGCAAGUACAGCUGGAUCAAGCAGUGGAAACUUGGACUGAAAUUUGAUGGGAAGAGCGAGGACCUGGUUGAUAAAAUUCAGGAUUCUCUCACUCUGCUAAGGAAGAAGUGGGCGGGCUUGGCUGAAAUGAGAACUGCUGAAGCCAGACAGAGAGCUUGUGAUGAACUGUUCACCAAUGAAGAGGAGGAAUACAGCCUCUAUGAAGCUGUAAAAUUUCUAAUGCUAAGCAGAGCUAUUGAACUCUAUGAUGAUAAAGAAAAGGGAAAGGAAGUACCAUUUUUCUCUGUACUCCUAUUUGCUCGGGACACGUCGAAUGACCCUGGACAGCUGCUGAGGAACCAUCUAAAUCAAGUGGGACACACUGGUGGCCUUGAGCAGGUUGAAAUGUUCCUUCUUGCCUAUGCCGUGUGCCACACCAUCCAGGUAUACCGGCUCUCCAAGUACAGCACAGAAGAGUUCCUCACCAUCUACCCCACUGACCCUCCCAGGGACUGGCCAGUGGUGACACUCAUUGCAGAGGACGAUCGGCACUAUAACAUCCCUGUCAGGGUGUGUGAGGAGACGAGUCUGUGACAGGCACCUGGCGGCCUGGGGAUGUGGCAAAGGUGCACAGCAACUUCAGGGCUUGGCCGCAGCUCGUGGGUCUCUUAAGAACAAAGAGGAACAACUGGGCCCCUGGGAGCCAGGUUGGACUGGGAUGUCCUGAAGAAACUUUUGUUACCAGAACUAACCAAAUCUUUCCCCUUGUCCGUGAGGCAGUAUGUUUCAGUGGGGCCUUGAAAGUAUACCCGUUGGAAGGUGCAGACUAUCUUCUCCUGAAGGCAAAUACUUUUGUAUCAGAGGAGACUCAUUUUGGAGAUGAAUAUGUUCUUUAUAUUUCAAAUCAAAACUUUCUCUGUUGGUAAA